AUGGUUGAUCAAAAGAAAAGUUCCGUAAUCCCAAGCACACAAGUACACUUCAACAUUGACAACGGAAACAAGUUACUACCCUCACAGCUAGUGACAAAUAUAACACAAUGUCCCAAAUUAACUCCCCGAAAAGUUCCACCAAAGAGUGUUCAUGAUUUACGCGUUGACGAUAUUGAAAUCAUAAUGGCAUUGGGUGAUAGUAUUACGGCAGCUCUCGGGGCAAAAGGACAAGAUACUAAUAUACCAAUUGAUUUUCAUAAACUUUAUGAAAAUCGUGGAGUAAGUUUCGUUAUGGGAGGUGAUCCUGGUGCUGUUACUAUCGCCAAUUUUAUAAAACAUUACUCCCCUUUGUUGAAAGGACCUUCCGUCGGAGAUCAUUUAUUUGAACUUUGCUACGGUGUGAUUUGUCCACCUUACCAGUAUAAACCUGAUCAGGACAGACUGAAUGCGGCGCAAUCAGGGAUGAUGGUGUCAAAUCUUACAAUGGAACUAAUUUAUUUAUUAGAUCAACUUUAUAAAGAACCGAUAAAAGAUGUAUUAAAAUCAUAUAAAUAUCUCAAUUUGUUUAUUGGAUCAAACGAUAUUUGUUUAAGAUGUUCAAAUAAUUUGCCAUGGUUAUCAAUAGAAAAAUUUGAAUAUUAUCUUUUAACCACGUUGGAAACAAUUCGAGAAAAGAUACCGAAUACAGUUGUAAAUCUUUUGGGUGUAUUUAAUGUUUCUCAGGUUUAUGAAUUAACGCGUGGUGAAAAAUAUUGUAAAUUGCGACGCGUUAUCGGGGAUUAUGAAUGCUCUUGCGCAUAUCUGCCAGGGGCUUUGGGGGAUCUUAACAGAAAGAAAAUGGAUGAAACCGCAAUGGAAUAUAAUAAAGCGAUUCAAAAUGUUGUAAAUUAUUACGCUUCAAAGCACAGUGAUUCCUUUGCCGUAAUGUAUCAACCAUUUGAUUUAGAUUUGUUAACUUUUCCUGUUGAUGGUUUGAGUAGUCUAGAUUGUUUUCAUCCCAGCAAACGUGGUGGAUCUAUCGUGUGGAAUGAAAAUGUUGGCAUUAGAUGUUUUGAAGAUGAUGAUCGCAUUAAUACAAAAUUGACUUGA